AUGUCGGCAGACCAUGGCGACAUUCACCGGCUGGGUAAACGUCAUCUGGGACGCCAUGCCUUUGAAGAGCGCAUGCCCCCCAAAAUCGCCCAACUAGUGAAUCAAGGAAAUCACCAAAACAUAUUCGAGGCCGUGAUCCCCAAACUCGCACACCUGCUCGAGCACGAUGAAAAAAGCCUUCACAUCGCAUAUCUGUGCACGCCUUCUGUGAUACAGGUGACCAAGCACAAACACGAGGGAGGCCACUUUUGCGGAUAUCGGAAUAUUCAAAUGCUGUUGUCUUCUCUCUCCCCGUUACUGGAAUCAACAACACGCCAACUUCCCCCCUGGUCCGAUGAGAAGAGGGGACCCAGUGUGCUGGAAUUGCAGGAUAUGAUUGAGCGUGCGUGGGAUAUGGGAUUUAAUUCGCAUGGCAGAAUUGCGACCGGGGGGAUUAGAGGGACGAGGAAGCAUAUUGGGACUUCUGAGGCAGAAGCACUACUCCUCAGUCUGGAUAUCCCCUGUACAGGACAUGCCUUUACUGGAAAAACCGCCUGGCUUCAACUGCUGGAUUUCGCGGAGCAACAUUUUUCUUCUUCUUCUUCUUGGCAAGCAGACCAACAACGAAAACUUCCAGCUUCUUCAUCUUCAUCUUCUUCUUCAAGCAGCACUAGUAGUAGCACUAGUAGUGUCAUCGUCCAGACGAAUGCCUCGCCUAUCUUCCUCCAACGGCCAGGUCACAGCAUAACCAUCGUCGGAAUAGAACGCGACAGGACGGACAACAACAACCGCCGACUAUUAUGUUUCGAUCCCGCGUGGCAGCCUCCGUCUACAAUACAGCGCGAGCCGACGACACUACUGCACUUGCCCCCCGAGAAGUCUUCCCUCUCUCGCUACUGGACGCUCAAAAUGUAUCGCAAAAGUGCCCGCUACUUGAAGCGGUAUGAUGCGUUUGAGACGUUGGUCGUCGAUAUGACACGACUAUCGCACAAAUAAAGUUGCCGCAUGCGUGGCAAAGUCACGAUCCUUCAAGAAGGUC